AUGACAUCGUUGUCAUCAUCGGUAGUUGGUGGAAUCAUGCAACCUGAACUACCAGUAAAUGUGUUUUGGGAUCUAGAGAAUUGUGCAGUACCGUCGUACAUGAAGGGUAUACACGUGGUCAAUGCAAUCCGAUCGUUUGCACUACAACGUGGUGUGCUCAAGAAUAUAUCGGCAUUUGCCAACCUCAAACUCAUCAAAGACGAACUGCGAUCGAAUCUGCAAGAGUGUGGUGUGUUGCUGCACGAUGUGUCUCGAAACAAGUCCAAUGCAUCUGAUAUUGCCAUCCUCGUCGAAAUACUAAAGUUGGUCAUUGACAACAAACCUCCGCAUUGCAUUGUGCUCAUUUCAGGUGACAGGGACUUUUCAAACGUUCUAAACACCCUAACGUUUCGUCGAUACCAAGUAUACCUCAUUCAUUCGACUCAUGCAUCCGAUGUCCUCAAAUACAGUGCCACUGCAUCCUAUGAAUGGUUUAGUUUGUUAAAAGGUGCCAUUAAAGCACCUUCUCCAACUUCCCCUGUAUUGUUAUCUUCAUCCCAACAACAGCAACAACAACAACAACAACAACAACAACAGUAUAUUAAUACUCAACCUCAACAACAACAACAACAACAACAUCCAAUUCAUCAUCAAAGACAAAUAUCGAAUAAUAAUCAUCAACAACAACAACAACCCUUUACUUUAAAUACUUCUCAUAAUGUAAUCAAUCAAUAUCCUCCUCAACAACAACAACAACAAUAUAUUAAUACUCAACAACAACCUCAGCAACAACAACAACAAUUUGUAAAUCAUACCCCAAAUAAACAACAACAAAAUCAACAGAAUCAACAAAAUCAACAAAAUCAACAAAAUCAACAAAAUCAACAACAUCAGCAACAACAACAACAAAUUCAACAACAACAAAUAUUGCAUCAACAACAACAACAACAACUGCAGAUGCAGCAGCAACAACUACAAUAUCAACAACAACAAUUUCAACAGCAGCAACUGCAACAACAACAACAACAACAACAACAACAAAUUCAACAACAACAACCAUCACAAACUCCAACUCUAAACUCACAAUCACAACAAAUUCAACAACAACAACAACCAAUAUCACAAUUAAAUUCAUUUGGAUCAUCAGAUGAUAUUGAUCAAGAGACAAGAGAAUCCAACAAUAUAGAUUCUAGAGAAUCAAGUGGUGAAAAUAGUGGAAACAGUUCACCAACCAAUACAACCAUUCUUCGUAGUCUAAGCUCUGAGAAAAUAUUAUCAUCUGGUGUUGUUGUUGUUGUUGGUGAUGAAUCAAUAGAGAAUGGUGAUAAUAUUCAAGAUGAAAAUUAUGGUGAAGAAUCAUUACUACAAUCACCCAAUGCAUUGGUAGUUGGUGAUACAAAUGAAGAAUUUGAUUAUAAUGAAGAAAGUUAUAUGGGUGAAGGAGACAACUUUGGUGCAGAAUAUGAAGAUGAUGAUAUAGAAGUUGGUUCAUACUAUAGUAGUAGCUUUGCACCAACCACUACCUCCACCUCUACCACCAAUAAUAAUAAUAAUAGUAAUGAUAAUCUAAUGGAUGAUCAAGUUGAAAAGGAAAUGAAUGUAAAUGCAAGCAUCAAUCAUAAUAUUCAAUCAUUUAAUCAUUUUCAUAAACAUAAAUAUGCUAUCCCAAGUAAUAAUAACAACAAUAAUAACAAUAAUAAUAAUAAUCAAUCACCAUUACCUUCAAUACCAUCACAUUUCCAACAAUUACAACAACAACAUCAACAACAACAACAGCAGCAACAACAACAGCAGCAACAACAACAACAACAAUCAAAUCAUCAUUUUAUUAAUCAACAACUUCCACCAUUACCAAUACAACAACAACAAUCACCACAACAAAAUAGUAGUAGUAGUAUCAACUUUAAAGAUAUUUUUCAAUCAAUGUUUAUUAAUAGUUCGUUACCAAGUCAAAAUCUUUCAAGUGUACUUUAUGUAUUCUUUCCAUUAUUGGAGUUACUAGAAAGAAGUGAAACCAAGAGAUUAACCUUUUCAGAAAUUGGAAUUAAAUUACAAUUUGUUAAACUUGGUUAUCCAAAAUUAAACAACUAUCUCUACGAUGCUCAAGCUCUUGGACUUAUUGUUACCAAACAAAUUAGACAAAUUCAUUGGGCAUUACCAAAAUAUCCAGUAAAUUCAGAAGGAUCUACAAGCAACAAUAACAAAACAUUGAUAGAUUUAUCAAAGAAUUUCCAAAAGAUAACAUCACAUUUAUUACAAACGUUGGAAAGUUUAAGAAACGACUACUUUAGACCAACGGAAUCACAAAUCAUAAAGAGAAUGAAAACAUUGGAUCUGCCAUGCUACCACUUUGAUGUGUUGUUGGUACCAUUGGCUCAGUGUUAUCCAUUGCUCAUUGAAGGUGAAAAGCCAACACGACUCAUGUAUCCUCCAACGGGUCGUUACGAAGGAUUGGACCCAUCUAGUCCAAACCCCGAUUACUUUUCUCCGCAUACUUGGAAAUUGCUAGAGGAUUUCUUGCGUUCAGUUCAUCCAGUCUCUAAAAAUGGUAGAUAUGGAUUUGCACUAUUCUUGAAAGAAUCAGGACCUUCUGAACUCCGUGAAAUGCCUCUAGCCGUAAUCACCUCAAUGGUUGAAUUAUCUUUAAAGAAAAAAUUAUUUAUUUAUAAAAAUUCAAAUUUGUAUACAAAUUUUGAAAUAGAAUCACAACCACAAACAAUAUUAAAUCAAGAUGAAAUAGCAAGAAGAGAUUUAUUAGAUUUAGAAAAGGACGUACAUCAUUCAAACGACAACAAUAGCGAAUUGGUUCAAUCGUCAAAACAAAAAUACGAUGAAGAUUUAGUACCGGUUUCUUUUACUUGGCCAUAUAGUGGCCAUGUUAUUCAAUUGACGGGAUCAUUUUUCACGUGGGAACAAAGAGUCUCACUGAGCACAUCAUUGAAUACCUCUCCUCAAGUAACUGGCUUGUUGAGAACUGAUGAGAAACGAUCAGAGAACAAUGGAAACAAUCAAAAUGAUAAUGGAAUUACAACACUAACAACUAAUACAAAUAAUAUUAAUAUUAAUAAUAAUAAUAAUAAUAAUAAUAAUAAUAAUGGUAAUAGUAAUAAUAAUAAUAAUAACAAUGGUAGUAACAAUAAUAAUAAUACUAUUGAAAAUAAUGAGAAUUUGAAUAAUUCUGGUCAAAAUCAAAAUAAUUCAAAGGAUGAUUUAACAAAUAGUAAAGAUAAUAAUUCUACUACCAACCAAAAUAAUAAUAAUAAUAAUAAUAAUAAUAAUAAUACUACCAAUUCAGGAACAUCAACCAAUAACAAUAAUAAUAAUGGUAUUUUAAUGGUUAAUGUUUCUGGUGGUGGUUAUGUUGGAGUGUCAAACAACUCUUCCAACAAUAAUAAUUCCAAUCACAGUGAUAGUUAUCCAUCUGUCACACUCCAUCUCGUUCCUGGUAGGUAUGAGUACAAAUUCAUUGUUGACGGUAAUUGGGAAUACGAUCCUCAAAAACAAAUAUCAACAGAUGACAAUGGUAAUAUAAAUAAUGUCUUAAAUGUAAGAAAUUUUUUGCGCAGAUCAUCAGAACUUUUGAACGAAUGUGUUUAUCUCGAACUAUAG